CAGCGUCCGCGUGUACGAGGGGUGAAAACACACCGAGUUCUUAUCCGAGAAAUAUCAGUGAACAUGAACAGCCGAUUCUGAUAUCCUUGUUAAUACUUAAUAGUGCAUUUUCAUUCUGAGAAAGAUGAGUCCUGGUUUGGGGCAUGAUCCUUUGCCAUCGUACAACAUUACUACUCUCGGAAACACUGUUCUCUGCUUGUGGCAACAGCCACAACACAUUUUGUUCCAGUUGGCAAAUUUCUGCUUCGCACUGUCGUAUUCGGCGCCGUCCUCUAAAAAGGGGAUUUUGUUCAUGCAUUCAGUGCUAAUCCUAGGUUUUAUGUUGCUAUCAGGAUGGGCUUGGCAUGUGAUAUGCGCUCCAGAUAUCUUCUCCUGGAACUUUAGCUUUCUAUUGCUCAAUAUCGGUCAAUUAGUUUACAUCAUUUAUCAGAUGAGACCCAUAAGAUUUGAUCCUGAAUUGGAGGAAGUUUAUCACACGCUCUUUUACCCUUUCAAAGUUUCACGACUGCAAUUUAAGCGAUUAGUAUCACCAGAAUUUGCGACGAUAAUGUCUCUUCAUGCCGGCGAGGCGUACGCGAUGCAAAAUCUAACGAGAACAGAUAGAUUAGGUUUGCUUCUCACGGGCAAAGUCAAUGUUUUGAGCGAUACUAAUUUUCUGCAUCCCAUAUUGCCCUGCGAAUUUCUGGAUUCACCGGAAUUCGAAAGUUCUCGAGCUUCCGUCGAUGAUAAAUUUAAGGUAUCUAUCAUAGCGGCGAGUUCCUGCAGAUACCUGUAUUGGCAAAGAUCAGCCUUGGAGUAUCUGCUCGUGAAGGAAACUUAUCUUGCAACUGUCUUGACCACGCUGGUGGCAAGAGAUAUCGCAACGAAGCUGUAUGCAAUGAAUAACAAGAUAGUUACAGACAAGGGAUCGCACUUGGACAUUCGUCUUCCUACGAUUAGCGCUGGUUUAGGCAUCACCAGCGAGUAUAGAAGUCCUCGAGCUUACAGACAAGCACAGAUCCGCAAGAAAGAAACUAAACCGACAUCUAAUAACGUUAGCAGCAUCAAGUCCAAAGAACGUGCGAUGAAUAAUCUGUCGAAGAAGGGCGCACCGAACAUGGAACCCCUUCCGGAACUGCCGUCUUGCGAUGAUCUUGCCUCCAGCGGUGUGGAGAGCUGGUUGGAUUCCUCCAGCAAGUAUCACAGCUGCGAAAUCGUCGACGAGGAAUAGCAUUACGCCUCCUACUCGAAUUACGAGAGUUUGAUCGGCGACGCCGAGGACGCCGAAAACGAUAUACAAUUCUUCGACUACAAGAACACGGAAUGUUGGAGACCAUACGACGAUUAACGAUAAAAAAGGUGGCGGUAAUUAAGAGCGUACGCUUUUACUUCCGUUCAACGCGUUUACACUGUUGGACUUUAAUAAAA